UAAAAAAAUUACAAUAUAUAAAAUUAUUCACGAUUCCCAUCGUUACUAUAUUCCAGUUCAUGCUUUAUUUCAUGCUUCAAAGUCUUUACCAUAAUUUUGUUUAUGCAAUUUUGAUCAUGCUUUGCAUGAUAUUUUCGUGAUUAAGCGUCAGUGUAUAGUAUUUAAAACUUGCAUUACAAGUGUUCUAGUUACUCGAGGCAAGAAUUUGACACCAGAAAGUUAUUUCUUACUUACAACAAUUUAUUUAACAUAUUAUGUCGCGGGAAAAUUCUCCACGUGGGCAUAUUGAGAGAGAGUCUCGACAACAAGUUGUAGAAGAACUGAAAGAUUAUUUCGACAACAAAUUUGAGAGUUUUCAGAGUGAUUUAAAAAGGGAUUCGGAGUGGACAGCCUCUUCUGCAGCAAAAAAGGUAAAGCGUGAUUCAUUCUUGUCGUUCAAAAACAUUUCUAACAAGAAACAAUUUGAGUUCAACUCUUCUGUAUUAGACAUAGUUGACAACAUAGAGAAAGCAGUUUCGUAUCGAGAGGCUAAUAAAGCUCUUGAAUUUGUGAAAGAGGCCAGGAGCGCUAUUAAACACAGAAAUAAACUUAUAAGAAUUGCUGAUAGUUCCGACUCUGGCUGGGCUACCAUUAAUGAAUAUGAACUUUUGGAAAUUGCCUCAGACUCUGAGGAUGAUAAGAGAAUUCGUCGCGCUGAAGAGCGCGCCAAGAAAAAGGCAGAGAAAAACUCUAAUAUGUUGGAUCUCAGUUCUCGUUCUAGUUCUUUUCGCAACAACAGUAGAUUUUCAAGGGUUAUGGAAGGACGACGCUCUGAUGUCGGAGAAGUCGUUUGCUACAGGUGUGGCCAAGAAGGCCACUAUGCCAACGUUUGUACAGUGCGUCGUGGAUUCAUGGGACAACAGCCCUACGGAGCCGGCAAACAAACAGCCACAGUAUCCAAGCCGCCAGCUGACGAAACAACAGAAGUGUCAAAACAGUAACUUUCAUGACAGACUUUCUGCAUAUGAUAAGUAUCUAUUUUUUGAUCAGACUGUUUACCAGUUGAAAGAAUGUGCAGUUUUUUACGGAUAUGCGAAGAGCAAAGAAAACAUUUAGUCAAAUUCCGUUAAAGGAAGGUUGAAAAAUUGUAUUUCUUUUUGGGAAAAACACCAUUUGUCCGUCAAAUAAUGAAAUUAUUGAUUUUAUUGAAGAGGGCUAUGUAAUUCCAUUUACGAAAAAGCCUCCAUCCUUUCAUUUACGAAAUAAUUUGUCAGCUUUGAAAAACAAUGAUUUUGUCAACUCUGCUGUUAACGAAUUAUUAGAGAAAAACUGUGUGUAUGAAGUUUUUGUCAAACCUCAUAAUGUCAACCCGUUGUCUGUCACAGAUUCGCCAAUGAUUACAAUACUAAACUUUCUAGAUUUAACUCCCUUUACUUAACGCCUACAACCGAAAAUGUCGACGCCUUUUCGCAAAAUUGGUCAUCCGACAAUAACUGGUUGGUCCCGCCUGUAGUACCGAUUCCUAAAGCAAUUAAUCAUUUAAUUGCUUGUAAAGGUCAAGGUUUUCUCAUCGCUCCUUACUGGCCUUCUAGUCCGUAUUUUCCGACGUUUUUCGGACCUUCAUCUAUUUCAAAGCAGUUUAUCAAAGAUAUUCUUUUGUUUAAGAAUAAUUCACAUAUUUAUAUACAAGGAAAAAAUGUUAACUCUAUUUUUGGUUCUGACAGGUUUAAUAGUAAAGUGUUGGUCGUUAGGUUAGAUUGUAAAUCAUAAGUUGUGUUUAAGAUGGCAAAUAGUCUGCAGUGAAAAUUGUAUAUCUAUAUGUAUAGUGUUUUCGUUUACAGGCUUUUUUUAUUCAGUUAGAUGGAAAGAAGUUUCUGAUACAUGCAGCUAUUCUGGUCUUCCAACACAGAUGUUUUCAGAAGUAAAACAGGCUAUCCUUGAAAGCAAAGAAGUCACAACCGUCAGGUGGCGCGACUAUUAGUGCUAAUUCUGGAACCAGUGACAGGAUUUGGAAAAAACACGGUAGAUGGCGUUCCGAGUCUGCCAAAGAUGGGUUUGUUAAAGACAGUGUUAAGGAACGAUUGUCGGUUUCUUUAAAUCUAGACAUUUAAGUUGUUUUGAUGAACAUUUGUACGUUUUGAUAUUAAUUCAUUAUUUACAUGACAUACAUCGAUUAAUAACUGAUUAUAUAUGUAUCAAUAUUUUAUAGAUAUCAAGGGGUACCAUAGUAAAUAUGCUUAACUUGAUCAGCUUGUAUGUUUUUUCUUAUUGUAUUUUGGUUGGUUUUCUGUCUACAUUACUAUCCUGGAUUAUAGAAGUUUUUACUGGAAAAUGUUAGUUUUCUCAUCUGGGAAUGACCCGGAAUCUGGAUGGUAAAAUGCAUUCACAAAUGGUUCAUGGGGUUCCUGCUUGUUCACACGACAGCUGCUUUCAAAAGUCUUCUCGAUGCCAGUUAAGUAUACGUUUUCACAAUUAAUUACGUAAAAUAAUUUCUUAAUUUCUAAACAUUCCCACCUUUGAGUGGUAGAAUUGAAGAGUAUGUAAGAAAUAACUUCAAGAAAAUGAGUGUUUUGGCACUGUUUGUGCGCGGUGGGCGGUUGUCCGUCGGGCGCGAUGAUUUCACGAGGGCGCAGCCUGGGUGUAUUUACUUGCAUUGGAAUCUAGACCUUUCUUUCUUGUCUAAAGUGCCGCAUAUACAAAGUUGAAAUUCUGUUUGAAAACGAGCUUUAACUAAAACGUAUUGAGUUAACGCUUGUAUGAUAAUCCACUCUUGUUUAAUUCAAUUUAUAUUUAUUUUUACUGAAAAAACGUCAUAGACAGCAACAUGAGGAUAAGUUUCGUUGCGGAGAAUUAUAUUUCAUGAUACCUUUAAAUUAUUUCAUUAUGACUAGAAUUUGAUUUUCAGACCAUCGCAAUUUAGUGCAGUGCGUGGCUAGUGACAAUGACAUACCAGACGUUAAACUUCGCCCAAUAGCAUAUAGAUUGCCAUCAUCAACACUGUUAUUGUGCAAGUUAGUUAUUCAUUAAUAAGUGUUCUUCUUCACAGAGACGUCUUCGUUUUAAAACUUCAGCAACCGGAGAGCGACAACGAGAUUGCCAGUCAGAAGUCCAUGGAGUAUAUAUGCAGUACAGUUUUUGACGUAAUGUAUUAUUAUUCUUUUUUGCUUCAACUCAGUUAAGUUUAAGAUAUGACUCUGAUAUUACUUGUUUACACAGGUUAAGCAAUAUCAUUUUCUAUGUAUUCGCAUUCUCUUUGAAUUUUUGCGUCUUAAGUCUAAAACCUUCUUUGUUUUGCUCGAUCGAAAUGGUGUCAAAUAAAAUUGCCUGUAUCCUA